UUUCAGAUGAUUCUAAAACUUUGUCUCCUGGCCACCCUUUUUGGGAUAACCAAUGCCGCUUGUCCCGACAGUAGUGACCAAGAAAUCAGAGGAUUCUGUUUCAAGUUUGUGGUUCAAAAGAUGACAUACACUGAUGCUCGUAAUUGGUGCCACUACCAGAAUCCAGUCGGUCCUUCUUACUUGGCUGUUGUAGGCAAUCAGGAAACUAGCAAUAAUUUGGCAUUCUACGCUCGUUCUGCAUUCGGCCAGUCUGCUGAAUCAUUUUGGAUAGGCCUCAGUAGAAAUGGAUCUUCUGGAUCCUUGUCCUGGGAUAACGGAUUCCCAGUGAUUUAUACCAAUUUUGGAAGUAAGGUUGGAAACAACUACUUCACCGAGAAAAUCUCCAAUUCAAAAUGGGUCACACCGGGAGAUAACGAGACGAAUUACUUUGUGUGUAGCUACGAUCCAACUGUACAACCAGUGACACAAAAGGCUACAACUCCAGGAACAACCACCACAGCUGCCAACGUCAACUGUCAAUUUGGAGCUAGACAGACUGUCCUUUUUGCCUAUUCAAACGACUUCGAGCCAUAUAUUGUGCAGAACACAUUCAGUAAUUCUAUUUUGUAUAAACAACAGGUUACAUUUGCAAUUAUAAGAUUUGAUACACGUCAGCCACAAAGCAUAAUGUACUUUAACGAUUACAACCAAGCCUUAGCAUACGUUCGCAAUCAUUUACCCGAUUAUAAGUUGGGAUUCCAAGAAAGUACGACAGGAAGUGAUGUAUUGGAUGUUAUUAAUAACUUUUACAACAACUCCUCCGCUUGUGCAUCAGUCGUCAUGGUUUUGUCAAAACGUUAUCCUAACACCCCGGAUAUUUCAAGAACAGUGGCUAAAGUCCGUCAAUAUCAUGGAAUCGUAAACUUUCUUGCUUCCAAUGUCCCAUUCGGUGGCUCACAGUCCCAAGUGCUCUUUGAUCUUGCGUCACAGACAAAUGGACUCUACGGUAUCGAGCAAGACUCACUGUUCUCCAAGAGAAUUUUAUAUAUGCCCCUACGAACAAGAUAUCCAAUAUAUGCCGUCAAUGCUAAAGUAUCAGGAGAGGGGUUUCAAGUGCUUCCUCCAAUGUCUGUGCCACAAUUUGAUGAUUUCCUAAUAAUGGUUUCAGUUCAAAGCCAUUUGCCAGUUAGCAAUGUUCAAUAUGUAAACCUUAAAUGGUAUAACCCAUCUUUUCCAUACUCGGACAAGUUUGAGAUGCAACCUGUUUAUUGGGAUUCCAAUACUAAUUACAACACAUUAACAAUUGGACUUUCUCAAAAUGUCUAUAACAUGACCAUCGAUUAUAUCUACACAAACACCGAUGUCGAAACAAUGCAAAUCCGCUUAUACAGUUCCUACUUUACCAACUAUUGGCUGCCGUAUUCAAAUUGAGAUGCGUUUUACAAUUAUCUUUCAGAAUACAUUAAUGAAAUAUUUUUUGCCCGUU